AAAGAAAUGGGCGCUGACCAAUAGAAGCACAGCAGCCCAGGAUGCUGUCAGGUAAGCAGAGGGGGGCAAUUCUCAUUCUGGAAGCCGGUCAUGAAUUCAUUCUCGUUCACCAUCAAAGGACAUCUUUUGUGAUCACAGCACACAAUCAUGGCUCCAAUGACUCCGUUUUUGAUGCGCCAUGGAGGUGCGUCUGCACUACGGAGAAGUUUGCCUUCGAUGGCAACCACUUCCGCCUUGAGACAAACUUUGCCAACACAAAAGCGUUAUUUGGCUUCCGAAGCUGAAAUUCACCAAAACACUACCGCACAAGAUACAAGACCACAAGCAAAAGGAACUAUGAGCAUGAGCCCAAUGAUGCAAGCAACAACCGUUGAAGAUUUACAUCAUCAUUCUGCCGAAGAAAUCUUGAAAGAAGGAUCCAACAGAAAAGAGGCUAGCAUGCGUCACUUUACAGUCAACUUUGGACCUCAACAUCCUGCCGCACACGGUGUGUUGAGAUUGAUCUUAGAGUUGAACGGUGAAGAAAUCUUGAGAGCCGAUCCUCACGUCGGUCUAUUACAUCGUGGAACAGAAAAGUUGAUCGAAUACAAAAACUACACACAAGCCUUGCCCUACUUUGACCGAUUGGAUUACGUUUCCAUGAUGACGAACGAGUUGUGCUACUCUCGUGCAGUGGAGAAGUUGCUAAAUAUCGAAGUUCCAGAGCGGGCCAAGUUCAUUCGUACUUUGUUCGGUGAAAUUACCCGUAUCUUGAACCACUGUAUGGCCGUCUUGUCUCACGUUAUGGAUGUUGGUGCUCUAACACCUUUCUUGUGGGCUUUCGAAGAACGUGAAAAGUUGAUGGAAUUCUAUGAACGUGUAUCUGGUGCACGUUUGCACGCCGCCUAUGUUCGACCUGGAGGUGUGGCAUACGAUUUGCCCCACGGCCUUUUGGAUGAUAUUCACAAGUGGGCAACUCAAUUCGGAUCGCGUGUAGAUGAGAUGGAAGAAUUGGUUACAGGAAACCGUAUCUGGAAAUCACGUACGAUCGGAAUUGGAACUGUUUCAGCGCAACAAGCUCUUGACUUUGGUUUCAGUGGAGUGAUGUUGCGUGGAAGUGGUAUUCCUUGGGAUAUUCGUAAGGUUGCACCUUAUGAUGCAUACGAUCAAGUUGAAUUUGAUGUCCCAGUCGGUAAGAACGGUGACUGUUAUGAUCGUUACCUAUGCCGUGUGGAAGAAUUCCGUCAAAGUUUGCGCAUCAUUGAACAAUGCUUGAACAAGAUGCCUGCAGGUCAAUACAAGGUGGAUGAUCACAAGUUGGUACCACCACCAAGAGCAAGUAUGAAGGAAUCUAUGGAAUCACUAAUUCAUCACUUUAAGCUAUUCAGUGAAGGAUAUCAAGUUCCUCCAGGCGAGACAUACUCUGCCAUUGAAGCACCAAAAGGAGAGAUGGCAGUGUACCUAGUUUCAGACGGAAGCAAUAGACCAUACAGAUGCAAGAUUCGUGCGCCCGGAUUUGCACAUUUGGCACAAGCUGAUACCCUUUCCCGCCAUCAUUUCUUGCCCGAUAUGGUUGCAAUUAUCGGAACGAUGGAUUUGGUGUUCGGAGAGGUAGACCGUUAAGAUAUUGAUACUUUUUUAAAUGUAAUAUCCUUUCAUCUAUUUCGUCAAUAGCAUUCAUUCGUGAA